GAGAAUAAAAAUCUUAAUUUCAGUUAACGAGAACCAUAUUAAUAUAAUGUCUACAAUCUUUUCAUGUCAGACCGGCAGAGCAAAGGCGCCACUGCAGUUACGCAGAUCCUCCCAUCUGCACAUCCUCUGAAUUUGCAUUGUUCUUGCGUCGACUUUGAAUUUUCGAUUCUUUCUGUCGUUCCUUAGGUGAGGGCGGACACAUGAAAUUCUCCGUGAUUUUUCUUUUGAUUUGUUUAAUUCUCUUUGCUCGGUCGAAAUGCAUUCACGGUGAAGACGCCAAGGAAAACAAACUUCGGGAGCGAGAAGCCUCCGAUGAUGUCCUUGGAUAUCCUGAGAUAGACGAGGAUGCUUUGUUGAAUACACAAUGUCCAAAGAAUUUGGAGCUAAGAUGGCAAACGGAAGUGAGUUCUAGCAUAUAUGCCACGCCCUUGAUCGCUGAUGUUAACAGUGAUGGGAAACUUGAGAUAGUGGUUCCAUCUUUUGUUCACUACCUUGAAGUUCUUGAAGGAUCUGAUGGAGAUAAAAUGCCAGGCUGGCCUGCUUUCCAUCAAUCGACUGUGCACGCUAGUCCUCUUCUAUAUGAUAUUGACAAAGAUGGUAUGAGGGAGAUAGCUUUGGGGACAUACAAUGGAGAAGUACUCUUUUUCAGGGUGUCAGGAUAUAUGAUGCCAGACAAGUUAAAGAUACCACGUCGCCGUGUGCGCAAGAAUUGGUAUGUGAAUCUAAAUGCAGUUCCAGUGGACCGGUUUCAUCCAGAUGUUCAUGAUGAACAACUUGUCAUGGAAGCAAAUAAGACAAAAUCAAUGGCUCUUCCAGUGGACCGGUUUCAUCCAGAUGUUCAUGAUGAACAACUUGUCAUGGAAGCAAAUAAGACAAAAUCAAUGGCUCAAACAAAUAAAAGCAUUCCAGAGUUAAGCCAUUCAACCGGGCCCACGAUGAAUCAAAGUGCGAUUGAACUAAAAACAUCAGCUACCAAAUCAACACAAAUGCUGAAUGAUUCAGAUUUGGUGAAUAAUAGUAAGGUAAACGACAGCAAUGUUGUACCAGAUAUUGUCCUACCUACAAGCAUGGCCAACAAUACUUCUACGAAUCGUACCGGAAUACAUGAUGGUAAGAAAGGAACUGGGAUCAGUAGACGACUUCUGAAAGAUGGUGACUCCAAACAAUCUCAAGAAGAUGGUUCUAGGUCCAAGGCAGACGGUAGUGGAGAUGCUCAUGUUGCCACCGUUGAAAGUGAAGAAGCUUUGGAAGCAGAGGCUGAUUCAUCAUUUGAGAUAUUCCGUGAAAAUGAUGAGCUGGCUGAUGAUUACAAUCAAGAAGAUGAUGAUUAUAACAAUGGAUCCACGUGGGGAGAUGAGGAGUGGACUGAAGUUAAGCAUGAAAAAGUAGAGGAGUAUGUGGAUAUUGACGCACAUUUGUUGUGCACUCCUGUCAUAGCUGACAUUGAUAAUGAUGGAGUGUCUGAAAUGAUUGUAGCUGUUUCAUACUUUUUUGAUCAUGAGUACUAUGACAACCCAGAGCACAUGAAAGAAUUGGGCGAUAUUGAUAUUGGGAAAUAUGUAGCUGGUGCCAUUGUUGUUUUCAAUCUGGAUUCGAAGCAAGUGAAGUGGAUAACUGAACUAGACUUGAGCAUAGAUUCUGCAAAAUUUCUUGCUUAUAUAUAUUCCUCCCCUACUGUCGUUGAUUUGGAUGGUGAUGGGAAUUUGGACAUUCUUGUUGGAACUUCUUUUGGCUUGUUCUACAUCUUGGAUCAUCAUGGCAAGGUGAGAGAAAACUUUCCUCUUCAAAUGGCUGAUAUUACGGGAGCAGUUGUUGCAGCUGAUAUCAAUGAUGAUGGAAAAAUUGAACUUGUGGCUACGGAUUCACAUGGAAAUGUUGCUGCCUGGACUGCUCAAGGUCAAGAAAUUUGGGAAAAGAAUCUAAAAAGCCUCAUACCACAGGGUCCAUCCAUUGGCGAUGUCGAUGGGGACGGUGACACUGAUGUGGUGGUGCCAACGGUAUCAGGAAAUAUAUAUGUUCUAAGUGGCAAGGACGGGUCAUUUGUUCGUCCAUACCCAUAUCGAACCCAUGGAAGAGUAACGAAUCAAAUUCUUCUCGUUGAUCUGAACAAACGUGAUGACAAAAAGAAGGGACUCACUUUAGUCACAUCAUCAUUUGAUGGGUAUCUAUAUCUCAUUGAUGGACCUACAUCGUGUGCCGAUGUUAUCGACAUCGGCGAGACUUCAUAUAGUAUGGUUCUUGCUGAUAAUGUUGAUGGUGGAGACGAUCUUGAUCUUAUUGUCACAACCAUGAAUGGAAAUGUUUUCUGCUUUUCAACCCCUUCUCCUCAUCAUCCACUCAAGACAUGGAGAUCAGCUAAUCAAGGAAGAAACAAUGUUGCAGUCCGGCACAACCGUGAAGGCAUUUUCGUUUCGCAUUCGUCAAGAACAUACCGUGACGAGGAAGGCAAGAACUUCUGGAUGGAGAUCGAGAUUGUAGACCGUUACAGAAACCCAUCUGGGACUCAAGCACCAUAUAACGUUACCACAACCUUGAUGGUUCCUGGCAAUUACCAGGGAGAGAGGAGGAUAAAACAGAACCAGAUGUUCAAAGAACCAGGCAAGCAUCGGAUUAAACUGCCGACAGUGAGUGCAAGGACCACAGCCACUGUUUUGGUGGAGAUGGUUGACAAGAAUGGACUCUAUUUUUCAGAUGAGUUCUCCCUCACAUUCCAUGUGUAUUAUUACAAGUUCCUGAAGUGGCUUCUUGUCCUCCCAAUGCUUGCAAUGUUUGGUGUCCUCAUGAUCCUUCGUCCGCAAGAGCCCAUGCCAUUGCCAUCAUUUUCACGGAACACUAACCUAUGAUCAUAGCCCCACAUGAAAUGCGGAGCCAUAGUAACAUGGCAUAUGAUCCGAGAGCUGGACGAUGCCAAAAUUUUUGUAAUACAUAUGUUUAGAGUUCAUUGUUGAUCUAAUCUAUCGACUCGUUGAACCCGAGUCCAAUUCAAAUUUUUGAUGAUGGAGUAAUGAAGUUUCUUAUGAACUUCUAUCUAGAAGGUAGACAGAACCCGAGUCCAAUUGAAAUUUUUGAUGAUGGAGUAAUGAAGUUUCUUAUGAACUUCUAUC